AUGUCGGACCUUACGGAAAAUCUUCUUGCCCAAUAUUAUGGAUUUUCUACGAAAUCGCAGACUUCAACAUUUUUAUCGAUUCACGAGUGUAUGAGUAAUAUGGAGAAUAAUGUGGACGCAUUGAUCGGCCAUCAGUCUACGAUAGAUUCAAACGACGAUGACACGACCAAGGAAACGGAAGUGCAGGAAGACGUUCUUGAAGGCGAGAAAAAGAAUUCCAGAGACGAUAUUCCCGUUCCGGCGAGAUCUUCACGUUCACUGGAAUGGGAAGCGCUCGAAAAUGUCAAUGAAACAUCAUCGGGAUUCGACAUUAUUCUCGAAGCAAAUACAGCGGGCAAUUUCUAUGAAGAUACGGCUGUUUUUUGCGGCGAAGAGACGCACGAUGUUACCGCUACUAGCGGCAAGAUUAUCUCCACUACUCUAGAUAUCGAGGGAAACGAUUCGUAUCUUUCGCUUAGUGAAGAUGUUUCGGACGUUUCUUCGAUAGCGGGGAGGAAAAAACCGAAUGAGUCUUCAAAUGCAGUUAGUUCGCUUUUAACACCAUUGCCAAAAAAGACUCCGACGUAUAAUGACACUUUUAUCGACUUGACAAAUACUGGACUUACGUCCCUCUCCGUUGAAACGAUUGAAAAGUAUCCUACAAUAAAAAUGUUAUACUUAGAGAAUAACGAUCUGUUUGAGCUUCCAAAAGAGCUUUUUUUUCUUCUGCCACGUUUGCAAUGGUUGGACGUCCGAAAUAAUCGACUUAAGAGCUUGCCUACGACCAUAAAAUCGCAUCCCUCAUUGGAGACUAUCUUGUUACAGGGAAAUAAAAUCGAGACAUUGCCACUGGAACUUUGCUGGAUACCGAGACUUAAAACUCUUAAUGCAGCACACAAUCCUAUCGCCACGCCUCCAAAAAAUAUUAUAGCUCUGGGUUGUUCGAGUAUUCUCAGUUAUUUGCGUACAGAAUGGAAUAAAUUGCAUCCGGAUGAGCUCGUGACAUUCGUCGAACGAGAGAUAGAACCAAAUCCAUCGACAAUUCUGUGUUAUCAGUCCCCUCGUGAGAAGCUACGUAGGUUAUCAAAGAUUCAACGACGGGAAUCAAAGGGCACAAGCGACAUCGGCGAUUCGUGUAAAGGUGUUUCAGUCAGCAAGAGAGCUCGAGCUUAUAGAGCUAGUAACAGAUGUAGCGGUAAAGGGACAAACGCCAUGAUGGAACAACGCUUGUACUGGAUUUCCAAAGCGAGAGAUCUGCUUAACGCACAAUCGGCGACAAUUCAGAGAGUUAAGGACGCAGAUACUAUAAAAGAAUGGAGACGUAACAAGCGUAGUUUCAGUAAAAGUAUGGAGAAAGUUUCGAGAAGAAACGAAGAUGACAUUCCAUUCGCAAUUGACAUAGAAGAUUAUCCUGAGAUUAAAAAACGGCCAGAGAAAACGGUAUAAAAGAAUAUGCAUCUUUUAAUUCUGAAGUAGUCGGAAUCAAUAAGAACAAAGUUUCUUAUCCAUUCUUUAUUUAGGGAAAUUAUGCAGAAAGUCGAAAACAGGAAAAAUCAAAAUUUGUUCCACCAGUGUAAGUCUAAAGUAUAUAUUGCAUGUUUUACAAAAAAAAAGAAUAUCAUCUUCCUAGAAUGUAGUUUUAAGUAUUAUAAAUUGAAUUUCAGAAACAUAAAUAAAAAGAUUCAAGAAUUGAUAGGAUCUCUGCAAGAAUUUGAAAUUGCGAAAUCUUCAGCAACAUUAACGCUAAAAUCCAAACAAGAACGUCUUCUAAACGAGAUUAAGAAGGUACACUUAAUUCGUUUCAAAUUCUAUUAAAAAUACUAAAUUAUUUAAGAAUUCCGAGUUAUUACUUUGUCUUAUUUCAUAGCUCUCACAUUUUCAAAAGGAGGUUCAAUAUCUAAGAAGAUACAACGAAAUGACGUUAGCUCCAAUGAACUCUCCGAAAAAUUCUUUUUAAUAACUCCCUUAUUUUUACUUAUCACUUAUCGCAAUAAGCCCUAGAAAAACCUAGCAUCAGUCUUGAGUCUGUUUAUUUAAAUAAAACAGUAUUAAUCACAUGUAUUACAAUAUUAAUUUUACGCCCAGUCUCAAUAGCACAUGCCGAGGUAAUUGGACAAGCUCUUUUUCCGUUAUCACGUGAACUUUUUGUGCAAUAAAAAAUAACAUUCGGAAAUUUUCCUUUGACAUCAUAUAAAAAAUAACGUUACGUAAAAAAUAUGUUACUAAUAAUUUUCUCGUGAAUUAUACGAGAUAACGACUUUCGUUUAGUUUUUAUAGUUCAAUGGAGCUUUCAUAUUGAAAAUUGUAUUCUUCGAUGGUUUCUCGAAGAAAUAUUUAAACAGAUUAUAAAGAUAAUUUAGAUAAGAAUUCGCAUGUUCUUUCCAAUAUCCUCGCCAGUACAUUCAAUUCUUGAACUUGGUUAUCGCUAUAUUCGGUAUAAAAAUUCUUAAAAGCAAUAAUUGCCACUAAAAUACAGAAGUAGAAUCUAGCGUGUAAGUCUAACAUGUUUACGAUAACCACGAACGUAUUUUUCUUUUCCUUUUCUCUUUUGUACAUGACACUCAACAGAGUCUCAUAAUAAUGCCUGAAGAUACGUACUAUAUUCUAGGAAAACUAUUUCGAACGGUUCGUACGAGUUAUUGUAAUCGGUAUCAGAUAUAAAACUAAUUACUACUAACCGAUAGUAGACAUAAGGCAAAUAACUUAAGAUUUUGUUAUAAUCAUCUUUUUUAUGGCCCUAAUAAUUACUAUUUAAUUCUGUACAUUUCGUACACUAAUGCAUUUAGCUUGUGCAUAUAACAAUGAACAUAUUGAUAAUUUGGUAAAGUUAAAAUAACAUUAUAUAAACAAUCAGGGCGUGUUUCUUCCGGAUAGAUACCGCGUUGUAAUUCAGCUUUGUGCCGCUCCGCAAACAUUGCAGCUUGCAUCAUCAGGGCUAGGAACUCCGAUACUAUACUAGGAGCUCAGUAUCGGAUGAUGCAAGCUGCAAUGUUUGCGAAACGUCGGCACAAAGCUAAAUUACAACGCGAUAUCCAUCCGGAAGAAACACACCCUGAUUGUAUCAAUGGCCGCGAAAGUCUAAAAACUAACAUUAUAUAAAGUUUAUAUAUAAUGCCGGAUGAUUAGUAUAUAAUAUAGUAUGGAAGCUAAUCUAAGAUACGUCUUGCUCGUAUUCAAUAUUACUAGUAAUGAGUUGUGAUAAAGUGGUGUUUUUUCGUUUUUUAAAUAGGUAUGUUAUAUAUCACAUAGCGCGCUAUAUGUACACAUGUGUUGCAGUUUAGAGCCAAUCAAUAACGAAAGGGAUUCAUAAACAAAGACUAUAAAAUGCAAGAUCAUGUAUAUGAAACUCUUUUUAGAAGGCCUUACUGUUGAAAACCUCAACAUGUUUGUCACUGAGCAGUAAAUAUUAUUAUGAGAUAUAUUCAUUCCUGAUAAUGUAUCAGAUUAAACUACACACGUAAGACUCAUAGAUGUACCACCAUAAGAUAUCUUUAUAUCCAUUAUACAAUCAUAUAAGCAUCUAAAAAUAAAGUGCGCUUUAAAAUUUCGUCCAGUCAUCAUUGUGUAUAUACAGGGUGUCCCAAAAGUAACGGACCACCC